AUGACCUUGGAAGAUUACGAUGGAUUCCGUCAACGGAUAAUAACUGAGAAAAUAAAACCCGAUUUAAAUGUAAACAAAUCGGAUAUGAAUGAGACUAUGGUUUACGACAUCCAACGCAUCACUAUUAAUGCGAUUAAGGAGUCGGAAAAGAUUAGCGAAAUGACGGCACAAAUACGGAGUGAUAUGAACCGAAACUACCCUGAUUGGGCGGGAUUUCAUUAUAAUAUAAUUUAUGUCCGCUCAUAUCUAAAUAAUCCGUUCUCGCCCAAAACGCCUACGGCUUAA